AUGGCUAGUUAUGGCAAGGGUGGAGGUUUUAACACCUACAAGGAGGUGCCAACAUACCAAGAUGAUUGGGGGAAGCCAGUUACUACAGCAAGUGACUACCCUGAUCAUGUUUGUCGCCCUGUGAUCGUUGAACAUGGUGUCGGGGGCUACGUGGUGAGAGCUCAAAGAAUUGUUGAAGUUCGUCGUAGUUAUGAUAUUCCCUUGAAUGGUCUUCUAGAUGAGUACAAUGCGCACGAAGAUUGGGAUGAUGAUAGUCCUAGGAAGGUCAAUGACUUCUUCGAUAAAGUUCAUAAUGAAGCUAGUCGACCAACUCACUCCACUCUUUUGAGCCCUCCAAAGUUGAUCACUAAAAGGCCUAGUUGGAGAAGUGAAGAUCAUGACUCUCCGAAGUAUAGAGAGCAUCACGAUUUUAGCGGCAACCCUCUUCAAGAUAAUAGGGGUUCAAGUCCAUACAAGUACAAGAAUGAUGGUUAUUAUGCCCACUCCAUGGAUUCUCCCAAGGAUGGCCAUGUCAAGGACUAUAGGGUCAACAACACAUGGGAUUCACCACCAAGAUCAAGAUCAACUCAUGAAGAUUAUGUAAAAAGCCCAUAUAGCAACAACAAAGAAGAUUAUGGCAAGCCAAAAUUCAAUGAAGGUUACAAGACAACUAGUCCUCAACUUAGCCAGGCCACAAAUGAUAUAGGCACUGCCAUGAAACUCCUUGGCGUAGGUAAUAAACCUCUGGCUUCUCCUACUUAUGCACCACAUUCACAUUUUCCAGCAUCUUACUCAACUCCACAUAUAAAAGAAAGUUACCCUGAGAGAACUCAAAGUAGAAAGCCUCUGGCUUUACCUGAUUCUACCCAAUCAUCCUAUUAUCCAACAUCAAAUCCGAUAACCGAAAGGAAAGAAAGUUACCCUGAACCAACAAAAGGAAUGAAGCCUCUGUUUUCCCCUGUUUAUACAAAACAACCACAUUCACCAACUUCAAACCCGACACUUCAAAGGAAAGAAAGCUAUCCUGAGUCAGAACAUGGCGCAAAGCCUCUGUUUUCCCCUGUUCAUACACAACAACCACAUUCACCAACUUCAAACCUGACACCUCAGAGGAAAGAAAGCUAUCCUAUGGCAGCGCACGGCGCAAAGCCUCUGUUUUCCCCUGUUCAUACACAGCAACCACAUUCAUCAACUUUAAACCCGAUACCUCAUAGGAAAGAUAGCUAUCCUGAGGCAGCGCGCAGCCCAAAGCCUCUGUUCUCCCCGGUUUAUUCACAACAAGCACAUUCACCAACUUCAAACCCGAUACCUCAAAGGAAAGAAAGCUACCCUGAAACAACUCAUGGCCCAAAGCCUUUGUCUUCCCAUGUUCAUACACAACAACCACAUUCACCAACUUCAAACCUGACACCUCAGAGGAAAGAAAGUUACCCUGAAACAACUCAUGGCCCAAAGCCUCUGUUUUCCCCUGUUUAUUCACAACAAGCACAUUCACCAACUUCAAACCCGAUUCCUCAAAGGAAAGAAAGCUACCCUGAAACAACUCAUGGCCCAAAGCCUCUGUUUUACCCUGUUCAUACACAGAAACCACAUUCACCAACUUCAAAUCCGACAUCUCAAAAGAAAGAAAGCUAUCUUGAGACAGCACACGACACGAACCCUAUGUUUUCCCCUGUUUCUACACAACAAUCACAUUUUUCAACUGCAAAUCCGACAUCUGAAAACAACGAAAGUCGCCCAAAGAAGACAAAAGGCUGGAGGUCUCUGUUUUCCCCUCCUGCUAAGCAACAACCACACCCUCCAACAUCAUACUCAACGCCUGAAAUAAAACAAAGCUACCCUGAUCAUGAAACUCAAGGUUGGAAGCCUUCAUUUUCCCCUUCUUCUCCACAAAAGGAACGCUACAGUCCACAAAUAGAAGACCAUUACCCUGAACAAAUCCAGCGUAGUGAGUCCUUUCCAUCUCCAUAUGAAAAUACACAGGAACCGCGCUAUGGUGCAAUCGCCCCACCAAAAGAAAUUCUUGACAGCAGUGAGGCCAGGAAAAGGUAUGCCAACUUAAAACCAGUGUCACAGGCACAAACGACGUACCCAAGAACAAUUGAUAGCAUGGAAGCUGUGAAAAAGUAUAAAGGUGCAUUUGUUCCAUAG